AUGCAGCAAUUAAAACUAAAAACAUUGGAUGGCAAGUCUGUGGAAGCCAAUUUGGAAAUUGUCAAUAUGUCGUCCGUCAUACAGAAUUUGCUGCUCGACUGCAAAAUGGAAAACGGAGCUGCUGUUAUCACAUUGCAGAAUAUACAUUCAUGGACCUUGGAUACGAUUCUAAUCUGGGCCACUCACCACAAGGACGAUGACCCAGAAGACUACGAGGACGAGAAGUUCGUCAAUGAUCCAUGGGAUGUGGAAUUCUUGCAAGAGCAUGACGAUAUGAUUUUCUAUUUAAUCAAUGCCGCCGAGGAUUUAAAUAUGCAAAACCUCUAUAUUGCCUGCGUCAUAAGUUUCUUUGACAUGGCUGCCAUGGAGUUAGAGCACGGAGACGAAGAUGAUUGCGAUGACGUCGAUGAGUACGACGAUUACGAGGAAGAUUAUGAUUACUGA